AUGCUCUUCCUUGUUGCUCUCAUUCGGGUGCUUCGGGCAGGAGAUUGGUGCUACCCAGAUCUGGUGGCUACGGCGCCCAAGCGGUCGGAAGUUUGUCAGCUGGUCUCAGCCAAGGAGGAGAAGUUCCGAAAGUUCCGCACGGCAGAGAUCAAGCACGGCCGUCCUUCAGCCAUCAAAUCAGGGGUGCAAGUCGCAUGGGGUGAGGGAGAGGUCAAGCUGCCCUUCUUGAAGGAUGUGCCCUCCGGGGUGACGGCCCUUCAGACGACCAAAGGCCUGUUGGCUGCUGGCGUGCUCUUCGCCGCCUGUGGCUACAUGGAGACAAAGGUCUGGAAGCAGGAUGAGACCAAGGAGCCUGGAAAUUUUGGGGACCCGGCCGGAUGGUCGCAGACUGGCCUCGGAGCAGGCACCUACAGCAAGACCAUGCGAGAGCGAGAGUUGAACAACGGCCGAUUUGCCAUGUUUGCCAGCGUGGGCAUCAUUGCCGCAGAGCUGGUUUCUGGAAAGGACUGGCUUGUUGCUCCGGAUGUGGUAGCCUUCGGUGGCAUUCCCGAUCCCAUUGUUGCAUCAAGCUGUGUUGUUGUUGGCCGUUCUGCUUGCAGGAUGCCAUUGAGCAGCUGA